CGCUGCUUUUCACGGUCUCUCUCCCCACCGCCUUUACCAUCUCACAGCCUCACCUGUAUCGUCAAUGGAAGACUCUCACUCCCACUCAUACUCUCAGCCGCAACUACGGCAGUCUGAUGCUGAAGAUGGAUGUCGCGUGCCCACUGGUCCUCACCACGCGAGCGAUGGUAGCUCCGAUGCUUCUGACGCUGUGUUCUCUCGCUGCGCCGCUGGAUCCAACUGCGGAGCUCGCUACAAGCUCAUGUCUCCGGCGAAGCUCCCGAUCGCGAGGUCCUCCGGUAUCUCCGUUCCUCCUGGCCUCAGUCCGACGUCCUUGGUCGAAUCUCCUGUUCUUCUAUCAAUAAAAGCAGAGCCUUCUCCCACGACUGGAUCCUUCUCAAAUCUGAACCUGAUGCAAGGCUCAAGUGGCUCUGAAUUUUCAUUUCCAGAUAGCACAGGCUUUAGUCAAAGAAUGUCAAGGAACUUUGAGUUCAAGUUUCCCAUUGGAUCCAGCUCUACACCUGGAUUAACAUCAAUUGGACAUAAGAAAUCUGCAGGCUUGAACCAGCAGCGAAGUGAAUCUCAAAGACAACUUCAAGAUCAUUUGUUUUCUCAGCCUUUGGCACCAUUGUCUUUGGUUGAAUCUUCCAUUCCUACAUCAAAUGAAUUGAAUACAGCUGUUACUCUGCAUACAUUGUCUGAUGGUACUGAUGCAAUAGAGUCGAGUGACCUUAAUCAGGGAGGGAAAACAGUAAAUUCUGAUCAACCUUUUGUCACAGCUGAAAGAUCAUCAGAUGAUGAGUAUAACUGGCGAAAGUAUGGCCAAAAACUUGUGAAAGGAAGUGAAUUCCCACGGAGCUAUUACAAGUGUACAUAUCCAAAUUGUGAAGUGAAAAAGAUAUUUGAACGCUCUCCUGAUGGAAAAAUAAAAGAGAUUAUAUACAAAGGCUCACAUGAACAUCCCAAACCUCAACCUAGUCGUAGAUUUACUCCUGGUGGUCUUAUGUCCAUCCAAGAAGAUCAUUUCGAGAAAGAUUAUUCCUCCAAUGGUCCAGACGAUAAGUUCAAAUGGAAUGGCCAGACAGGUAAUAUGCAGCAUCGUGGGACCCCUGUUGUUUCACCUCAAAAAGUAGAUGAUGAUGGCAAUGAAGGUGCAACUCUACUACUGCUGGGUGCUAAUGAUGACAUGGAUGAGGAUGACCCAUUUUCAAAAAGAAGGAAGAUGGAUGGCGGUACUGAUAUCACACCAUUGGUCAAGCCUAUCCGUGAACCUCGUGUUGUUGUUCAAACCGUGAGUGAGGUUGAUGUAUUGGAUGAUGGCUAUCGCUGGCGUAAAUAUGGACAAAAAGUUGUUAGGGGUAAUCCAAAUCCGAGGAGCUAUUAUAAGUGCACCAAUGCUGAAUGCACAGUCAGAAAACAUGUUGAAAGGGCUUCCCAUGAUCCCAAAGCUGUUAUCACCACAUAUGAGGGAAAGCAUAAUCAUGACUUACCCAUAACCAGACCCAACAGUCAUGAAAUAGCCGGCACAGCACAUAAAAGUAUAUUAUCCAGAGUUAGGCCAGAAGUGAAUAAUGUGAUUAGCCUUGAUCUCGGGGUUGGUAUUAGCUAUGGUAUUGAGAACAGAACUGUUCAAAGUCAAGUUCUAGCUUCUGGAAUGAUGGGCAUUGCAAAUGGUGGACUGAACCGAUAUGACUCCAGAGAAAAUCAUGUUCUGGCAUCUGGCUUUGAGACACGGCUACCUUUGCAAUCAUCCAACCAGUGUCCUCCACAAACCCUUGGAAGAAUACUAAUGGGACCAUAAAUAUCCAGUAGAAGUUAAAGAUGAGCAAUUACAAAAAGCCACAUAUUUGAGUUAGUUGGAUGACAUUAUCCUGUAUCUUUAGUUCACGUACAGUCAUACAGGCCAGGUAUAAUACCUCAAAUAUCUCAAGAUAGAAUUAAUUAUGCUGUAUAAUAUCAUGUCACCCCGUUGGGCAACUGCUUCUCUGUGUAAUUAAUUAACUUGGAUAUUAUAUCUAUAAGAAUUGGUCGUAAUAUGAAUCUUUGGCCAUUCUUCC